CCAAUUUGGCACUAGCACUACUCCUCAACUCAAACAAACCUGUCAAAGAAAUAAAAUGACAAUUUUGCCUUCUGUCAUGGAUGAAUAUAUGAAUAUGACUCUAUUGCUAUGUAUUGUAGGAAGUGGUUGCAGGGGACCCAAACAAAAACCUUGGGUUUUGGAAGUGCCUUUGGUUUUCACAUGACCAAUGUUGGAUAUGUAGCAGUGGCAACACAAUUUAAUAAACUCUCCAUCAUUCAUUAUAUCAUCACCAUCAUCAUUAUUAUUUCUUUUUCAUUAGAAAGAGAGAGAAUUAAACUCAACUCAGUUAUUUCCUCAGAUUUCAAAUUUUCAACAACUAUGGUAGGUCAACUACACCCUGCAAACAUUGACAUUUCUCACCCAUGUUAUUUUCUCUUAUCAUAAUUCUAUAAUAUUAUUAUAAUAAUACUAUUAUUGUUACUGCACUCACACUCUUUAAACACCCAACAUAAAUUUUUUAUUUUUUUCUUGUUAAUCUUUUGCUUAAUCCUCUUCUUAACCCUUCUAAUCUAAUAUGCUUAUUGCUUGUUUUUAUCAUAAUGUAUGAGUUGGGUUUAAUCUCAAAUCAAGCAAAGUUAAUAACUUUAUUCAAAACCACUUCAUAAUUUACAAUCUCUAAUUUGAAUUUCAAACACCAAAUUCUCAAAAAAUGCAUUUUUUUCACUCCCAAAUCCACAAUAACAAUGGUGCUAUCACAAACCCUUCAAUUAUUUCUCCUCCAUAUUCAUCAAUUCCUUAUAAUUCAGAACCAACACAAAUUUCUUCAUCUUCUGGUAACAAAAUAAGCCCUGCAAUACUUUUCAUCAUAGUUAUAUUAGCUAUAAUAUUUUUCAUCUUAGGUUUUCUUCAUUUACUUGUAAGAUUUCUUAUAAAGCAUAGAUCUUCAUCAUCAUCAUCAACAACAACAAUUUCUCAAUCAAAUAGAUUUCCUGAAAUGUCUGAAUCUGAUGCAUACCAAAGACAGUUACAACAGCUUUUCAAUCUUCAUGAUUCAGGUUUAGAUCAAGCAUUCAUUGAUGCACUUCCUGUUUUCAUUUACAAAGAGAUAAUUGGUUUGAAAGAGCCAUUUGAUUGUGCUGUUUGUUUAUGUGAGUUUUUGGAACAAGAUAAGUUAAGAUUGUUACCAAAUUGUAACCAUGCUUUUCAUAUUAGUUGUAUAGAUACAUGGUUAUUGUCAAAUUCAUCUUGUCCUUUAUGUAGAAAUACCCUUUAUUCACAAGGGUUUUCUUUUGAUAAAAAUCCUAUAUUUGAGUUUGAGGAUGAAAGGGAUGAAGAAUUUGUUAUAGGGAUUGGUUCAGUUAACAAGGAUAUGGAAAAUCAUAUAAUGAAUGGGAAAAGGGUUUUUUCUGUUAGGCUUGGAAAGUUUAGAAGUUCAAAUAAUGAAGAAGGGGGUGCAAAAAGUGAAGGAGAGAGUAGUAAUUGUAAUUUUGAUGUUAGGAGAUGUUAUUCAAUGGGGUCUUUUCAAUAUGUUGUUGCUGAUUCAGAUUUGCAAGUUGCUUUGAAAGCUUCUAAGGGUGAUGGUAGUAUGAGACAAUUGAAGGGAAUUAGAGAAAUUCAAGAUGGGAGUUUUUCCAAUGAUGGUGAUGUUGAAGGCAAGAAAAUCAACAUUGCAAGGAAAGGUGAAAGUUUUUCUGUUUCAAAGAUUUGGCAAUGGUCUAAGAAAGAUAGUAAGAUACCAAGUUCAUCUGAUACACAUUUUCAUAAUUGUGUUGCCAAUGAAAGUUUGCAAUGGAUGAAUAAAGCUAGAGGUACAUGAUGUGAUACAAGUUACAUAGUGUUUUUGUAUUUUUAACUACUUUCAUAUUUUGAAAUUCAAUGAAUCCAUUUUGUUUAGUUCUUACUUCUCAUACUUUGAUCUUUUCUAUUUAGUGCUAAUACAUGUAAGUUAUGAUAUGAAAUACUUAACUUAAUCAAGGUAUUGUCUUUGAACAAUAUCAUUCUUUUGUG